CAAGUGUGUCUUGUUCUGUCAAUGUGUGUACACGCAAUGUGGUUGUUUUUGUGCUUGUGCGCACUUGCGCACGCGCAGGAGAUGCCCAAGGUGAAUACGAAGCAGGGUGUUGUCGUGGGACGACACGUUGAAGAUGGCGACUAUUUGACCUUCUACGGAAUUCCAUAUGCUGGUAACACCACCGGGGAAAACAGGUUCAAGGCACCUAUCCCGCCACCAGUUUUUACUGAAGAAUUCCAGGCCAUCGAUAAUUCAGUUAUAUGUGCCCAACCAAGUGAAUAUGGAUUUAUCGGCACGGAAGAUUGUCUAGUUCUUGACAUCCUUACGAAAAAUCUUACAACACCUAAACCAGUGUUUGUAUGGAUUGAAGGCGAGGAUUAUGAAAAAACAAGCACUAGACCAUAUCCUUUCGAAAACCUGGUUGAAGAUCUUGUUAUUGUUAAGAUUAAUUAUCGUCUAUCAAUCUUCGGUUUCCUUUGUCUUGGUGUCAGCGAUGCUCCUGGAAACGCUGGUUUGAAAGACAUCGUCCAGGGUCUCAAAUGGAUUAAAGAAAACAUUGCUGGUUUUGGAGGUGACCCUAACAAUGUCGUACUAGUUGGUCAUGGAUCCGGAGCUGCAUUGGUCGAUUUGAUAACGUUGUCACCAAUGUCUCAGAAUUUAGCACAUAAAGCUAUAGUAUUAAGUGGGUCAGCUUUGGCCCCGUGGGCUGUUUCGUACAAUCCUAUAAGUCAUGCUCAGAAAGUGGCAGAAAAUUUAGGAUACACAGACUUAUCAAGAACAGAUUUGGCGAGAAAGAUAGCAUCUACUGAAACCUAUUUAAUUAUCGGCGCUCUAAGCUUCAUUAAUUUUUAUGAUACCUCUCUAUUAUUUGCUCCGUGUGUUGAAAAUGUUAAUUUGAAUCCAAGUGACACAUUCCUUGCAGACGCACCUAUUAAUAUUUUAAAAUCAGGAAACUUCAGUCAAAUUCCUUACAUAGCUGGUUUCGUGAAUAGGGAAGGAACCUUACGCGUGCCACAGAUAUAUAGUCACAGUUGGAUUCAGGAAAUGCAAAUUUUCUUUGAUGAAUUUAUACAAGUUGACCUCGCCUUUGAAUCUAAAGAAAACAAAACGGCAGUAGCACGUCAGAUACGUGAGUUUUACUUUGGUCAGAACACUAUUAGCACACAAAGGAUGGAGGAAUACUUGGAUUAUCAUGGGGACAUUCUAAUAACUCUUCCUAUUAUAAGAGCAUCCAUGGAAAGGGCUUGGAAAUCUUCGGAAAAUGUUUACGUGAUGCACUUCUCAUACAAGGGAACAAAUAACUCUGACUGGGACUCUGAGUAUCCUUAUGUCCCAAUCAGUGGAGCGCGACAUGGAGCCAUUCUAAAUUAUUUGUUCAACUUUGAUUUACAAGUUUUAGACAAAAGUGCGAAUAUAGCAGUUGCUCAACGAUUCAGAGAAUUCGCAUACACUGGGAGUCCAUCUUUGCGACCUCCUCAUACUGGUGCGGUAUGGAUCCCAGUUACAAGUGGGGCCACGUCAAUUCUUAGUAUCAGCGGUGACGAAAAAAUGUUCGUAGAAAAAGUGACCACGGAUGUCAAGACGGAAACUAGAAUGUUCUGGGACCCGAUACUCGCAACCCAUUAUCACGCACCAAAGUCCUCUGCAGAAAGUUUAUUCACUUUCGGGCUAGUUGUUUGUGCCAUGCAGGCGUUACUAAGGUUUUUGUAAACUUCGUUGACGUAUCUUCGCAAUGCAGGAUAUAAACAAUUGCAUACGUAUGAGUAAGUCCCGUCAACAAACUGUUUUACAGUUUGACGGAAUGUUUGCAAUCUAUCUUACUGUAGUAAUUGUAACUGGAGUAAAAUAUGUGUGUUAAACUUAUGUUUUAUUAUGCAAUAUUAGACUUUGCCUACGGCUUCACUCACGUUGAUUUCGAAGCCCUAUUUUGUGCUCUCAGGGGAUAAAUUCCCCGCCUAAGUACGCACCCAGAAGGUAAAA